AUGAAACUCGAGAAUGGCGACUCACAUGAUCAAGAUGGAGUUGCCGAAAAACUUUAUACUGAGUUACCUGAAACUUCAUUUACUAGAUCAAUAUCGAAUCCCGAGGCAGUUAUGAGAAGACGAAGGCAGCUACAAUUAGAAAAAAAAUUACAACAGUUUAGAUCGAAAGAUGGUGGUCCUGAUACCGGUGGCACACUUAAAAUUUACGGCGAGGCGUUGUGCAAGGAUGUACCAUAUAAGACUCUUUUGUUAUCGGUUCGCGAUUGUGCAGGGACUGUAGUGCGCGAAAUGCUGGAUAAAUACGGUCUUAUUAAAACUGAUCCGUCCCAAUGGUGCCUUGUCCAAGUGACCCAACAGCCCGGAUGUCCGGAUAGCGAAUAUAUUUUAGACGACGACGAAUGUCCGCUGAACAUUCUGAUGACCUCUUCAAAUACUGCCCAUGAAUUUGAAUCUCUAGAUUAG